ACCUGCACAGAUUCAGAGACACAAACACUCACCUGUCUGUCUGACACCAUGUGAUGCUGGAGGGAGGUGUUAAUCUUUAGUUUUUGCACUGGCAAGUGGGCUGGCUCAUUCCAGCAGGUGACUCUUAGUGUAACUGAACAGCUUUUCCACUGAGGUACACAAAGUCCUGCAACCACUUCAACGUUAAUUUUUACAAGAAGAUUCUGGAAGAUGCACAAACAAUACACAUCAGUGAGCCCCACCGACGACAUCAGUGUAAAGACUGAGAAAGGACCUCAACCAAAGAAAUACCGCUACAUACGCAAAGAAGGCAGCAGUAACGUUGUGUUCCGCCACAUUCCAGAGGAGUGGCUGCUGUUUGUGACCGACAUCUUCACCACCUUGGUGGAGAUCAGAUGGAGGGUGAUGUUCCUGAUCUUUGCCCUGUCGUACAUCCUGUCCUGGCUCUUCUUCGGUGUCCUCUACUGGGUCAUCGCUCUUGCUCACAAUGACGUCAAAGACAACACAAAUGAGCCCUGCAUGUACGAGGUGCGCAGCUUCACUGCUGCCUUCCUCUUCUCACUUGAAACUCAAACCACCAUUGGCUAUGGUUUCAGAGGUAUGUCUGAGAACUGCAUGAUUGCCAUCAUCAUCGUCACGAUACAAGAUGUCAUCAGCUGCUUCAUUGACACGUUUGUCAUCGGAAUUGUUGUUUCCAAAAUGGCUUCGGCCAGAAAGAGGGCGCAGACAGUGGGCUUCAGCAACUGCGCAGUCAUCAAUCUUCACAACGGUUACUUGUGUCUUUCUUGGAGAGUCGGGGACUUUCGUAGGAACCACCUGGUGGAAGGGACAGCUCAUGCCCAUAUAGUCUUCUCCACAGUGCAUGCCACAGGGAAGAUGGACAUGACCUAUGAGGAUCUGGUCUUACAGCAGAGGGACAUCAUCCUGGUCACACCUACCACCAUAUUCCACAAGAUCGAACCCGGCAGCCCUCUGUACAAGAUGAGUUUGGUAGAUCUGCGAAACGCAGACUUUGAGUUAGUGGUGUCUUUUACCUACACGGACGACUCCACAGGGAUGCUGCACCAGACCCGAACCUCAUACACUCCAACGGAAAUCCUAUGGGGUCAGCUGUUCCAGGAGAUGAUCAGGAUCAGCAGGAGGUACUAUAGGGUGGAUUACACCUUGUUCAAUCAGACCGCGAAGGUGCUGGUGCCGGAGGUCAGCGCUGAGGAGUACGAACAGAAGAAGCAGCUACGGCCCUCUCCGCGACAUUCACCAAGAUCCUCCUCUCGUCCCUCUCCAAGGUCGCAACCAAAAAAUCAUCAAGAAAAACCUCUGAAACCGCCAACAGUAACUGUGGAACUUGUGAACGAUAGUCACCCAGAAGCGACGGUGGCAACAUCUCAAGCAGACAAUCAAUAUCAAGACACCUUGACUGUGCCAAACAACCUUACAAGUGAAGAAAUGUAAAAGCAGGGCCGUGAUGUUUGAGGAGGCCACGCAUUGUGCUAAUUGUCCAUCUCUUCAAAGAAGCCACUGCUAAAGAGAAAUAAUAAGGAUGCUACUAACUAUCUCACUCACUGUCAGGACACUGAAACUUCUGGUAUCGGCUUUGUUAUCAAGUGAUUUGGUUAAAGUGAGUCAAAAUGUGUCUUUUGAGUAUGAAAUCCACUUGUAGGCUUGAAAGGUUGUGCCUUCUGAUGCCAAUGCGAGCAGCUGUGCUCCUCAAGUGAUAAACCUACACCCCCCUUUAAGCCUACAGGCACUCAGGAUUUGAUACACAAAGUUUAAUUACUUUUCAAAGCAAUAGUGUAGAAAUAAUCCAAAAGUUAUGAUGUACAGAGUUUAGCUGUUUGAAAUGUGGAUCAGUUUUAAUAAAUGAAGUCUUUAUGGGGUUACUGUACUAUUCAGAUUAAGGUUACUGUAGACUUGAAAACAAUGAAAGACAAAAUGUAUAUUCUAAUUAAACUAUAAAAUUGUUUUUAUACUUCA